AUCUCCUAAAUGUGGAAGUAAGUAAAAAUACCAUCAGCCUCCUUACAACCCCAUAGAGCCUUUUGAAAUCAUCCAUAAAAUACCGCUUAUUGUUGGGGGCUUCUAAUACUAAGAUCUAUGUAUUUCCUUAUAGCGUGGAGUUACACGUAUUACGAUUAUUCAUCUUCGAAGUUUCUGUUGAACCUAUAGUAGAAAUGUAUGGAUAGUCUGUCUACCUUAGACCAUUGGCUUCGUGUUUCCAUUUGGUAGGAGACACCCAAAAAUAAUGUAGGAUAUCUGAUUUUACUUUGUUAUACUUAUUAAAAAUUUUGUGCUUGACUGAAUUUCUUGCUUUAAUUAUUUGGCAGGUAGGUAAUUUUAUAUGGUUUGGCUGAUUAUGAGAGCAUUAGAUUUCUUAUCAUCUUUAUUCACGUUUCGCUGUGAGACAUACUUCUUUGACAUAUGUUUUGUUGAUAAUGCAGUAUGCCAUAUUCUGAAGAACUACAUUGGUUAUCUUCUUAACGCCAAAGUUCCUCUUAUUCUAGGAAUUUGGGGUGGAAAAGGGCAAGGGAAAACAUUUACACCUGUGUCUGCCGGGGUAUUGGAAUCAGAAAGAGCUGGUGAGCCAGGAAAAUUGAUACAUGAACUGCUUCUCAAAUGGUCCGGAACCAAGUUAGAUGCUUUACUACUUUCACUUCUGGGCAUAUGUAUCUGUUGA